AUGUUCCCACGGCGAUGGGCUCCGUACAUCGCGGCCAUUCUGCUCACCAUCUUCAUCAUUGGAUGGUCGAGAUCGGGUUCCUCGGUAACGGAGGUCACUUGGACGCCCAAUGCAUGUGAGGUCUCGCCCAGAACACCGCUUCGCAUUGUGGCUAUGGGUGAUUCCAUUGCGGAAGGAUUUGGUAGCAGCGACAAUAAUGGCUACCGCAUGGUCCUUUAUGAGCAUCUGAAGACAGAUUGCGGCCGGAGGAAGGUCGAAUUCGUCGGCUCCCAAAAGACCGGCACUGCGCCGGUGACCGACCAUGAAGGCUACAGCAGCUCCGAUAUCGAAAGUGUGCUCUCUCUCUGCGCCGGAGAGAACAUGACGUCGACGCUCGCGAAAAACCCUAACGUCAUCCUCCUCCAUGUCGGCACCGACAACAUGAGCCCACUACGAUCACCGGACAUCGUUGGACCGGAGGACGCGCCGGCAAAACUCGGAGAUUUGGUCGACUACAUCUUCUCGAUCGCCCCCAACGUCGUCCUCGUCGUCGCUCAGAUCAUCUGGUCGCCCAACUUCGUGUGGUUCGAGAACAUAGACGUGUACAACGCGGCGAUUGCACGUAUGGUAAGAAGAAAGGCUGAGCAAGGGAGAAAGAUACUCACGGUGGAUCUGAGUCCUAUUGGAGAGAAGGGCUGCAUUAGGAACAUCGAUGGGACGUGGCAGGAAUGCGCGGAUUUGAACGACGAUGGUUUCCAUCCUAAGGAUGAAGGAUAUCGGAAGGUAGCGGGAUAUUGGUACGAGGCUCUCUUCGAAGCGACGCACAAAGGGUGGUUUAAGCGAUAA